CAAGGAAUGUCAUUCGCACUAUUUUCCCUCCGCACGCACGUUUUAGUUUUGCUUAGUAAUUAUUGGAAAAAGGCACACUGUAGCUAAUUGAUUUCGUCUAUCUGAGUUUGAACGUUUGACGCUAAACAGACACUUCAGAAAACGCAUCGUCAGACUAACGUUAGCACGCUUAAACUAGAAUAAUACUUGUAUAUCGACUCCGCGAUCCCUGAAUGAAGAACGAAUACUCCAUCGCUUUCAAAAGGCCCCUCGACGAAGAUAAAACCCCAGGCGAGGAAGGGCAGCAUCGACUCUGGGCGAGCAAACUCCCAAAGAUCGAACCGCUUCCUGGUAGGCCAGAAUCUUUCAACAGUGCUUCAAUAAAUACGACCACCAUGAACACUGAUGCAAAUAAUAAUAACAACAAUGAAUUGAAAGAGGAAGAGGUCCGAACAUUAUUCGUAAGUGGAUUGCCCGCAGAUGCUAAAAAACGAGAACUCUAUCUUCUCUUCAGGAGUUAUAAGGGUUAUGAAGGAGCCAUCAUACGAACGACAGCCAAACCCGGGAAAGCUCCAGUGCCUGUCGGAUUUGUUACGUUUGAUUCACGGGAUGAAGCCAACAGCGCAAAAACAGCUUUACAGGGUGUCAAGUUUGAUCCAGAGUUACCGCAUACACUUCGUCUUGAGUUCGCAAAGGCAAACACAAAAGUUAAACUAAGAAACACUUCUUCACCUUCAAUAGACCUAGGCAACGGUGGCCACCUUCUCGGGAUUCUGCCACAUCAAAUUGGCACGAACUUUCUUCAGACAGAUUUCUGGGGCCAACCAUACGCUGCAUACCCAGAGCUAAUCCCAGCACAUCAUCAUUCAGCACAGCUACACGCUCCUUUGCAGGUCACUCCCACGCUCCAUCACCUCGCACCCGUGCACCCACAGCAACCACCACAAGCAAUAUUCACGCACGUUCCAGCAGCUCCAGGGACGCAAGUGUACAACUUUGCGAACGCCCCCGCCGCUCAAGCCGCUGCUGCACAAGUUACAUCGACAUUGCUAAUAUCGAAUUUCGGUCCCGGGACAACUGAAAAAGAGAUGAAAGACAUUUUUUCACGAUUUCAUGGCUUCUCCAGAGUGAGGGUGUUAAACAGAGGUGGAAUCUUAUGUGCCUUGGUAGAGUUUACGGAUGUUGGAACAGCGUCAUUCGCGAUGUCUUCACUUCAAGGGACACGCCUGAAUGAUCGCUCAUCCAUGCGUAUCGAUUUUUCAAGAGCAAGCCUUCUUCCAGAAGUCAACGGAUAUUAAUCAUUGUAUAACGACUGAGCAACAGAACGAAUUUUUACUAAUCCAGCACGCCACAUUGACGUCAUAUGCUUGAUGAUGUCACAAUCGUACCACUGUUUUGCUGAUGUUCAAACUCUCUUUCACUCAAAUAGUACUAGAUACUAACAACACUUUCCUUGGAGGAUAUUGUAUAUAGUCUUGAUAUGGUAUUUAUUUACGGUAUACGGAAAUUUCAGUCUCGGAGGAGGUGUCAAUAGACAAAUUGAUAAUCGAUGAGAAUUUGAUAAACUUGGUCGAAUAUUCAAGAUUUUGUUUGUAAUCGAGGGUUUCAAGACGAAAAAGCAAAUCUUGAAAUAAAAUAAAAAAUUAUUUUGAAAAUAUUACAAGAAUAACUUCAUCUUAUCAUUUUUUGAGGCAAAAUCCAUUACCCAUUUCAAUAAAAAGUUGUGAAGUUUAAAAAUAAAAAUGUUCUCAUGUUCUCAAAUUUUUACUCUUUUGGGUUGAAGUCCUCGAAAAAUGCAAAACUCUGAACUUACGAUUUCUAACAUUGUGAACAGAAAUAGUUAUAUCUAACCGCGACGAAAUAUUUUUUUUUAAAUUUUUGUUCUUUUGUCUAACUCUUAAAUGAAUAAGCAUUCUCCAUGAUGUCCUUAUCAGAAAGGAGUUGUCUAUUUAGAAUUACCAUGCUUGAUCCAAUGAUGUAGCGUUUGAAGCUAUACAUGGUCAUAUUUGGCGGAAGUAAAUUCCGAAGAUCAGAAAACUUUUUUUUUCUCCACUAUAAUUGAUUUCUUUUGGAGUUGUAUGUAAUUAUUAUUUGUUGGCGAGAAUAUCAGUUUAUUAUGUUUCUUUACGUAUAUAUUGGAAUUUUCUUUUUUUCUUCAUUUUUAUUUACAGAAAUGGUACGCCACAUUUGUGGGCUUAUUUUUUCAUAUCAUUUUUUUUUUGGAUUUAACAUAAUAAUGAAAUUUUGUAUUUACAUGAGUAUUUGUGACAAAAAUAUUUCUCUAGUCGUGAUUGUAUUCAUAUUUUUUAAUUAUUUCGUAACAAUAACAUUAUACGAAUUCCUUUUGAAUUAUUUACUCCUACGACGGAAUUUCACAAUGCCCUUAUCAUCAUUUCGACUUGUUUUGAAAUCCUCACCGCAUAUACACGUAAUUUAAUUUGCUCGGUUCUUCGUCUGGCUUAAUACUAUCAUUAAAUUAUACGACAUUCUCCUUCCUCGUUUUCGCUACGUUAUUUUCAAGUUCUUUGGCGAGUCGGGGAUGUUUAUAUUUUUAUUAUCUUCCCUUAGCUACGAUAUAUAUUAAAUUCUUUAAUGAAAUGAGUAUUACAUUUAAAUUUUUGAUGGAUGUAGUACAACGAUAUACAAAUGCCCAGUACAAUACAAUGUACAGAUUUUUAAUUUCAGACUGGUUCAUAUGGAAUGUCGAAUCAAAUUUACUGAACAAAAUAGUUUGUAUUCUUAUCUUUCUGGAAUAUCAUUAAUUUCAAAAUUUUUCCAUUGAAUUGAACCUUCUCGGCGUUGGUUGUAUUGUGCCCAAGUAACUGUGUAUACUCACUUGCAAGUCAUCCCUGAAAUAGUUUAGCGGUGCUUUCUGCUUUCUUUUUCAUACAAGAUGGAACUUCCAUUAAAAUAACAUAUUUUUGAAGUCCUUAUAACAUCUUUUGAUUGAGCGGUAUAAUUUGCGUCUUUGUCGGUGAGCCCUCUCCAAUGUGGGUAGCGAUUUUUUUUUGGUUGUAUAUAUUCUACUGGGGUUCCAUUUUUUCCUGUGUUGUUUCUUUACACUAGGGGCGCUAUUGAGUCGUAUACCAGCGCACUGCCGUAGGUGUGAAGCCAUAGCAACGUGAUUAUGAUGUAACUUCCUGCAAUUGUGAUGAAUAUCCUGUUUGCCAACUUUAUUUUUGUAUUCGUGUGAUGGUAAUUGGAUCGUUGUCUCAUCGUUUAUUACUAUCAUAGAGGUAUUGAAGACACGAUUCGAUUUCCACUAUUACGAUGCUUAGUUCCCACUGUUUCCGUAAAUCUAGUUUUAUUUGAAAUUUGUCAGUGGUCAUGCAUGGUCGAGUAGAAUCGUCUUUAAUAUGUAUCUAUCUAGCGCAGUAGUUAUAAAACUUCAAGCCGCGCUCUCUUUUUAGAAUUGUUGAAGUUUCUAAUUCUUUUUUGAAGUCUGGCGCCCCACCUCAAAAAUAACUAGCAGCAAAUAACAGGCAGUAAGGCAAACGUGUGUUUUUUUUUAAAACGUUGAAAAUAGUGAAUGGAACGUAAAUGAAACAAGAUCAACUCUGGACAAAUAUUUUUAUUUUUAAUUAACUUCACCCCCCAUCGAAUUGUCUACACUCCCCUUCCUGAGGAUGUGGGGCGCGUCCCACCGUUUGAGAAUCACUGAUCUAGCGUGAUCCCUGAUAAAUUUCUACUUUAUUGUAUUGAAACAGAAUAUGUUCCGUCCUUUGUACUAAAGCCAUGUUAGAAUUAGUAUCUAUGACGUCAUUUCAUUUAUUUCGUCAUUUGUUAGGUGAUAUCAUCUGUAGAAGUCGUUUCAUUACUAUUUGUUAGUUUAGUUGUUUAUCGAUUUAUAUUGAUGAAAUAAAAAUCUUUCUUUAUUCAA